CCAGAAAGCAGACAUCCGGUUUGCGGGUCCGGCUGCUGAGGCGGAGGCCGCAAUGGUGCGGUUCAAACACAGGUACCUGCUCUGUGAAGUGGUGUCUGACGACCCCCGCUGCCGCCUGAGUCUGGAGGACCGAGUGCUGGGCGGCCUGGUACGGGACACGAUCGCCCGCGUGCACGGGACUUUCGGCGCGGCCGCCUGCUCCAUCGGCUUCGCGGUGCGAUACCUCAAUGCCUAUACCGGAAUAGUGCUACUUCGAUGCAGGAAGGAAUUCUACCGGCUUGUGUGGUCAGCUCUUCCCUUCAUCACAUACUUGGAGAACAAAGGACACCAUUACCCGUGUUUUCUCAACACCUUACACGUGGGAGGUAUGGGUGCAUGCGGUACAAUUAGAACAUGUCAGAAGUUCCUGAUUCAGUACAACAGGAGACAGCUGUUGAUCCUGUUGCAGAACUGCACUGAUGAAGGAGAACGAGAGGCUAUCCAGAAGUCUGUCGCAAGAAGCUGUUUACUAGAGGAGGAGUCGGCUGGGGAGGAGCUUUCAGACAGUGGUGGUGAGGAGGCUGCUGAGGCAAUGGAGUGAACCUCUGCAGACUGCCCUGUGCCCCAGCCUCAGGGCCCACUUGUUGGGACAGGACAUUCUGGGAGGCAGCAGCAUCUUCUGUACUUCUCAAACUGGAUGACUGCUGACCAGAGGCCAAGUGACCAGCUCAAAAUGGACUUAUUUGCUUAAAACUAAUCGAAGUCACCUUUACCCAGCAUUGCCUGGUUAAGUGGUUCUGGAGGUUGUGAAGCCCCUGUAGUUAUAGACAUCUUUGUAUCUAACUGCCUGGCUGAGAGCAGGUUUAAUAAAUGUAUUUGGCUUCUGUA